GGGUUUCAUUAAACCCAGCAACUCCCCGUGGGGUGCACCCGUCCUCUUUGCUCGCAAAAUGGAUGGAACUCUCCGUCUUUGCAUUGACUAUCGCAGUCUCAACCGCUACACGGUUAAGAACAACUACCCCAUGCCUCGUUCCGACGAGCUGUUCGACCGCCUAGCAGGCAACCGCUUCUUUAUGAAGAUUGAUCUUCGUAGCGGUUACCAUCAGAUCCGCGUCGCUACAGCCGACCAGCCGAAGACAGUGUUCCGAUCGCGCUUCGGCCACUACGAGUUCACGGUGAUGCCAUUCGGUCUUACCAACGCACCCACUACCUUUCAGAGGGCGAUGAACGACAUCUUCAGGGACAUCCUGGAGCGGUACGUUCUCGUCUACCUCGAUGAUAUCCUGGUCUACAGUCGUACCCUUGAGGAGCACCUCAGACACCUCCACCACGUCCUUGACCGCUUGCGCAGACAUGGCUUCUACAUCAAGCUGAGCAAGUGCCGCUUUGCCCAGCACAAAGUGGAUUUCUUAGGACACUACGUGUCUAACCAGGGUCUCCACAUGGACGACGCGAAGAUCACUGCUAUUGCGGAGUGGCCCGCUUCCACAUCCGCCAAGCAGCUUCGCAGCUUCCUAGGCCUGACCAGCUACUAUAACUUUGCUGUAGGAGCGGUGCUUUCUCAAAUCUUCCCCUCCUCUCCUGAUUUCUCUCAUCCUCGUAUCCCUCACUUCCCACCACCUACCCCUACCACUGCUUCCCGACUGACGCCUACUCGUCCAGCUACUGACGAGCCUUCUAUUGACUAUUCUCCUAUCAUCACCGAGGACGGCACUGUUGAGUCUCGCUUAGGUGAUUGUCUGAUAGCCUUCUACUCCCGUCAACUCCUACUCGCCGAGAUAAACUACACUACUGAUGAAUGUGAGGUUCUCACAGUAGUUUAUGUUGCUCGGCACUGGCGUCACUACCUGCGCGGGGCACCUUUCACGGUGCGCACAGACAACUCUUUUGUCCACGCUUUUCUGACAAAGUCGAAGCUCACUCCUCGACAGGCUCACUGGUGGCGCGACCUAUCCGAGUUUAGUUUCACCACUGAGCACAUCAAGGAUGAGACUAAUUGGGUCGCAGAUGCCUUAUUCCGGUGCCCUGACCACGACCAGGAGCACAUCCAGCUCUCUUCCAUCUCGGUCACCACCGUCCACCACUCGGUGAUCGACGAGUUUCGCACUCAGUACCGCCACUGCCCCGACUAUYGYGRCAUCCACGCGACCCUUCGGAGUGGCAARACCGUCCCGAAYUACUCUCUCGGGGACAACGGUCUUGUGUACUGGCACGGUUCACAGGGCACCAGAGAGCCCCGUAUUUGCGUUCCGUCCACUGGACAGCUACGUGUCCGAGCAGUAGCAGAGUUCCAUGACCAGGCGCCCGCCAGUCAUAUGGGCUUCCACAAGACGUUGGCUCGUGUGAGCCGCGUGUACGUCUGGCCGAAGCGCAAGGACUUUGUGAAGGACUACGUUGCAGAGUGUCCCACCUGUCAGGAGGUGAACAGUGCGAACCACCUGCCUUAUGGUUUGCUCCAGCCUCUUCCUAUCCCUGAGGGUCGUUGGCAAUCCAUCUCGAUGGACUUUAUCGGUCCUCUUCGUCCACCGACCCCACGCGGUCAUGAUGCGAUCCCUGUCAUCGUCGACCGCUUCACGAAGCGUGCACGCUUAGUUCCGUGCCGCUAUGCCAUCAGUGCACGUGAGGUCGUCGACAUCGUGUUUGACCGAGUCGUGCGUGACCACGACUUACCUCCGAGCAUCAUAUAUGACCGUGACCCUCGCUUUACCAGGCGAUUCAGGGGACGGCUCCAUGAGGUGUAUGACACUCAGCUCCACUUCUCCUCGUCUUACCAUCCUCAGACUGAUGGUCAGACCGAGAUCACGAACAGGACUCUCGGAGAUAUUCUCCGAAAGAUUGUUCGUGACGACCAGCAGUGGGAUCUCCAUCUUGCCCAUGCGGAGAUAGCCUACAACCACGUCGUCUCGCCAGCCAUGUUCUCUUUUCCACCAUUCCGUAUGUUCUUUCUUAACCUCGAGGAGUCUCCUCUCUUAUCAUAGUCAUCAUCAUCAUCAUCAUCAUCAUCAUCUUCAUCUUCAUCUUCGCUUUCAACCUUCUUCUUCCCUUUUUCAUGAGCGACAUGGUUAGCAGGAAUGUAAUUGGCCAUAACUCAUUGAAUAAAAUUUUCUGCACUCA